GAACGAAGAAGUGGGGCGUGGAAGUUGGUAGCGCUGGUUGUCGUUUGAGUUAUUGCCGUUCGGGACCGCUACCUUCGCACGCUUCCAGCCCCUGGAGGCCUCUGUCGUCAGUCGGUCCAGGAGCGGUUGUCGCGUUGUUGCUUGGGGUUAAGCGUGUGCGGCGUUUCUGUCCAAAGUAUUGUGCGCGAAAGAAUAAAAACCCUAAGAGAAGUCCAGGAGAAGACAAAGAUGGGAAUUAUGUAGAUUGCGAGAAGUCGACUACGAGGGAAGAAAAGAACGCUGAAGCUGCUUCCCACACAGAAGUUGCUGCCUGCGGACGGAAUUGAAAAAGAUGCGUCGGCGAGCGGGGUCGUAGCGGCGCGUCCGCUCUUGGGCGGGGCGGUGGCGUUGGGGGGCGUGGGCGCGGGGGCGGGCGCGGGCGUCGCCAUGGACCACUCGGUGAAGGCGAUGGCGUCGCAGCGCCGUCUGGCGCUCGGCCGCCUUCUCAACCGGCACCGCUUCGAGAACGACGAGCUGGAGGCCCUGUACCAGCGCUACAUCUUCAAGCUGCAGCACGGCAGCGUGGCGAGCGCCGUGGGGCUGUUCGUGCUGCUGACGGGCGUGCUGGCCAACCUGAGCCUGGCGCACGCGCACGCGCCCACGCCGCAGAACGUGUACCACUGCGUGCACUGCGUGCUGUUCGCCCUGCUGCUCGCCUUCCUCAACACGCGCCUCAUGCAGGACGCGUACCUGCUGUGGGUGUGCUACGCGGUGCUGUUCUUCUGCGCGACCUUCUGCGCGGUGGCGCUGCCGCUGGGGCCGGUGGACGCGGCGGCGGCGGGCGCGGGCGGCGCGGGUGGCGCGGGCGGGUCGCUGCGCGCCGAGAGCCGGCGCGUGGCGGCGGAGGGGGCGUGGCACGUGGUGUUCGUCGUCUUCCUGGCGUACGCGCUGAUGCCGUUGCGCGCAUGGGUGGCGGCGGCCUUCGGGCUGUCGCUGGGCGCCGCGCAUCUGCUGGCGGCCGGCGCGCUGGCGCGCGACUUCCCGCACCUCACGUGGCGGCAGCUGACGGCGAACGCGCUGGUCUUCCUGUGCGUGAACGUGGCGGGCGCCUUCAUGCACAACCUGAUGGAGCGCGCGCAGCGCAAGGCCUUCCUGGACACGCGCAACUGCAUCGCCGCGCGCCUCGAGAUGGAGGACGAGAAUGAGAAGCUGGAGCGGCUGCUGCUGUCCGUCCUGCCGCAGCACGUAGCCAUGGAGAUGAAGGCGGACAUCGUGUCUCCGGUGGAGGGCCAGUUCCACAAGAUCUACAUCCAGAAGCACGAGAACGUGAGAGGUGAAAAUGUGUCAUCAGUUCGUAACGGAGUAUGCCAAAAUGCCUUUACGUUCGAAAGUCUUGAGCGCCGCGCGGGAGCAGGGCAGGCCGCCGCCGCCGCCGCCGCCGCCGCCGCCGCCGCCAUGUGCUCGUGUGUGCGAUCCAUCGAUCGGCGCUCGCCUGUCGGGGCGGCGGCGGCGGCGGCGCAACGUGUACGAUCAACACUUGGUGCUGCACAACGUCGCAAGUUAUCCUUCAAGAAUGUGUCCAGUGUUGUGGUGCAGCUUCUGCAUUCCAUAAAAUAUUCAAUGGAAGUUCCCUUCUCCAACAUUGCUAUUCAGCCUGGUGACCACAAGGCCAAUGCAGCAAGGAAGAACAAAGUCACUGAGAAGUUCAAACGUCCAUUUAAAAAACGCCAUUCAUCUGUGUACCACCAGCCUUCCAACCGUGUGAACAAGUACCUGGCUCAAGCAAUUGAUGCUCGCAGUGUGGAUCGUGAAAAGGCAACCCACGUCAACCUUGCAACAUUGUGCUUCAAAGACAGAGAGAAGGAAAGUCAGUAUCAUGAGGACCUGGAUCUGGGCUUUGGUAGCUCCCUCGCCUGCUCCUUGGCACUGUUGGUGCUGCUGGGGGGUGUGCAAGCAGUGAUCUUGCCACAAACAAUCAUUCUGCUUCUGCUCUUCCUCACUGCCUUUGUGUGGGUGGCGGUGGUCCUCAUGCUUCUGUUGGCUGUCAAGCUACGCUGGAUUCUCUGGGACAUAUCGCAAAGUUUUUCUCUGCGCCUUGCUAUCACUAUUUUUACCAUUGUGCUCAUCUACACAGUGGCACAGGUCAAUGUGUUCACUUGCCGCACUGAUUUGCCAAUGCAGUGCACCCUCCAUGGCACUGGUAAUGUGACGUUGGAUGGCCCAAGUGACGACCAUCGUGCAUGUCCUCUGCCGCAGUACAUCAUAUUGUCCUGUUCUCUUGGAUACCUAGCUGUGGCCAUAUUUCUGAGACUGCCUGUUAUAGCAAAAGCAUUGUUGUUAAUCGUGAUGGCCACCGUGUACAUCUUAUUAAUGGAGCUCUCGCACAGUGCACUUUUCACUUGCUACGAUGAACGUGUAGGGUCUGUUGUGCCUCUUCAUGAAGUGGGUAUUGUAUAUGUGUUAAUGUUCCUGCUGGCAGUUAUCAUACAUGGACGGCAAGUUGAGUGGACAGCAAGACUUGAUUUCCUCUGGCAAAUUCAAGCCAACGAGGAAAAACGAGAAAUGGAUGCUCUCCAGCAUAGCAAUAAACGAAUUUUAUUCAAUCUCCUUCCCGCCCAUGUAGCAACACAUUUUCUUGACAACCAGUUUCGAAGCAAUAUGAACACUCUGUCGCAGGACUUGUAUCAUCAAAGCUACUCACGAGUUGGGGUAGUAUUUGCUUCAAUCACCAACUAUCAUGAAUUCUACAUGGAGCUGGAUGGCAACAAUCAAGGUGUUGAGUGCCUGCGUCUGCUUAAUGAAAUUAUUGCUGAUUUCGAUGAGCUUUUGGGUGAAGAGCGCUUCAGAGCUGUUGAUAAAAUCAAGACUGUAGGUUCCACAUACAUGGCAGCUGUUGGGUUGAUGCCUGAACUUCGAAUUUUGGAUGAUGACGAGACAACAGCUGGUUUACAUCUCAGCACACUUGUUGAAUUUGUGUUUGCAAUGAGAGAGAAACUGCUCAAUAUAAAUGAAAAUUCUUACAAUAACUUCAUGUUACGUGUAGGUAUAAAUAUUGGACCUGUAGUAGCAGGUGUAAUAGGUGCUAGAAAACCCCAGUAUGACAUCUGGGGUAAUACUGUUAAUGUAGCGAGUCGAAUGGACUCAACAGGACUUCCAAAUCAUACUCAAGUGACAGAGGAAGUGUACCAGGUAUUGCGUGGUUACCCUUACGAGUUCCAGUGCCGUGGUAAGGUGAAGGUAAAGGGUAAAGGCGAUAUGACAACUUACUUUCUCACAGAUCGCAAGCAACCUGGGACUAUCCGUGUAGAUGAUUUGCCCAACAUGAGAUCUGCAGGCUCUCUUGGUGAGUAUGAUGGUGUACUUUUUUCAAAGUUCUUAAGAAAGAACCUUUUCAAAGGAUUGACAUUGUGGUUAGAUAUGUUGGAUAUGUUGCACAGAAGUGACUUUAGAGAAAUGAUUGAAAAAUAA